CGCUAGGUGGAAACAUGUGGAAGUCAAGAUUCUGUCGUCUUAUUGCCCUACAAGUUGUCGGGACCUUCGGCUUGCUAACGUACCUACAUUUGGCGACAACCUCAAGCGAAAGGGACCGGGAAACACUGCAGAAAACACAGAAAGAGUACGAUAAUGUAGACUUUGGCAACAAACUGAGUCCAGCUGAGAAAACUGCCGCCUUGGGAGCACACCAAUAUUUGGUAAACACGUCAAGUACUAAAAGGGAGCCGGAAACAUUGAAGAAAACUAACAACACAUACGGUGACGUAAGGUUAGGCGGGAAAUGGAGUCCGACUGGGAAUCGGAACGGCUCCUCCGGUGAGAAAAUGGCCAUCCUGGUGACGUUCAGAGACAGAGAGGAACACUUGAGCAUAUUUCUCAGUCGCAUGCACCCGUUUUUCCAACGCCAGGGGCUCGAUUACACCAUUUACGUCAUAGAACAACACGGCGAGGAACCGAGAUUCUGCAAAGGUUUGCUUUACAACGUCGGCUUCACCGAGGCCUUGAAAGACGAUCCUAGUUACGACUGCUUUGUCUUGCACGACGUCGACCUCAUUCCCGAGAACGACAGUACACCUCUGUACACCUGUGCCGAGUCCCCGUAUCACUUGUCGGUGGCUGUCGACAAGCUGAAGUACAAGUUGCCGUACCCUGGGCUUGUCGGCGGAGUUCUAGCCUUGAGUACGUCGCAUUACAAACUGCUGAACGGUUACUCGAACUUAUACUGUGGAUGGGGGGCGGAGGACGAUGAUCUUGCCCGGCGAAUGUACAAAAACGUGUUGAGGGUAAAGCGUCCGGACAAAGCCGUCGCAAGAUACCACAUGUUACCGCACGGCCAUAAGAAUCAUACCAUUAAUCAGGAGAAGUACUUUCUGCUGUUUAAUGGAGUACGCCGGGCAAAGAUGGACGGUCUGUUAGAUCUACAUACAAAAAACUAUACCGUAACAUCGAUAACUCGCAAGGCACUGUACACUCACGUCUUGGUCAACGUUACGAAGAGAAACGCCAUCAAUACACAUAUGAAAGUCUAAGAAUGUUAAUUAUCUAACAACAUCCUCACAGCCGUGACGGGCGGCGAUAUCGACUUCCGAUGAACUUUGACCCGGUGAUGACGUCACACGUGAACAAAACACGUGAUCGUUUGGGUCACAAAGCUGACCAAGACCGUCAAAAAUGAUCAGUAAUUCUAUGAGUUGGAGAUUUAAGGUCAGAGA